CUAAUUUGUUUCUCUUUUCAGAUCUCAUGAACUUAAAUUGGAGCGAAGUAUGUUGAAAUGAACAAAACUACAUGAGCAACUGACGUGUAAUUCUGGCUACCCAACAAUCAACCAAAAUACUCAAAUGGCGACUACCUCUGAGCAGAGAAACACUGGCGUUUUGUCCGGACUCCAAUCAAACCUCGGUAGUCUCCUGCUGGAUCCGGAUCUGGCGGGGGGAGGAGGAGAGAAGAUAGAGAUCAUGUUCCAGCCAGUGGGCAGUGCACCCAUCCUCAAACAGAAGAAGUUCAAAGUGGACCCCCACAAGACCAUAGAGUUCCUUCACUCCACCCUCAAAAGACUGCUCAAAUUGACAGAAGGGGACUCGAUGUUCCUAUACGUGAAUCAGGCAUUUGCACCAUCCCUCGACUCAGUUUUGAAACACCUACACGACUGUUACAACAUUGACGGAAAACUCAUGAUUCAUUAUUGCACUACGCAAGCGUGGGGCUAACUCUAUUUUAAAACACACUAGGUGAAAUUCCAUCAAUAGAAUAAAAGUUAGAUGAUAAAUUUAAUUUUCAGACUUCA